AUGUAAGACUCUGAUAAUGAAUCAUAACUGUUAUAUUAAUCAAUUGCUGAAUAAUAAGAUGAUGUAGAAGAUAAAUAAGUAAUGGUGAGUAGUCUUACAGAUAUGGCUGAAGCAUAAGAUGAAUCUAUUCAAAUUAAUUUUGAUAGAGAAUUAAUCUCAAAAUUGGAAGAAGAGAUAGUAUUAUUAUAGAGAAAGAAUAUUUAUCUUAUUGAUUAAUUGAAGGAUAGAGAUAAUUAAAUAUCAUUAUUCAAAGAGAAAUUAUAAAAGUAAACUGCAAUGAAUGAGAUCCAUUAAAUUGCUGAAGUAUAACUAAAAUAAUAAAUUGAAGAAUUGAAGAUAAAAAUAACAGAACUUCAUUAUAAAAUGGCUAUGAAUCAAACAAAAAUUUAAACUAUUCCUAAAAUUAAUUUAGAUUUUAGUUGGGUUAAUCAUAUAGAAAGAGAUCAUUCUCAUGAUGGAUUAUUAGAACGUUAUGAACAAAUAAAAGUUGCUAAACGACUUGCACCAAUUUAAGUUAAACAACCUAAUUAAAUACACCAUAGUCCAUAUUUUGAAUAAUUAACUGAAAGGAAACCUAUCACAUAAAGAAAACGUCUUAAUAAUUAAUGA